AUGCGCUGGCACCGGAACCCCUUCUUCCACACGGCGGUGCUUCCACCCUCCGUUGCGCCGUCUGCCCGCCAGUCCACUGAUCUUGACGGAGCAACCGCCGCGGCCGCUGCCGCAAACAGGGCCGCCGUCUUGGCCGAUGACGUCGAAGCCAUCGCAGCCACUGGGCCUCAAGCGACCUCUUCUGCCGUUGCCAAUGUCGAUAGCACUCCCCAGGGCCUCCUCGCCGAGGCUGCCAAGCUUGCUGUCGAACAGACCCACCACCCUCGUCUCAGCUUCCUGGCCCGCAGACACCAUGAACCCAGCAUUCCGCGCCUGACCAUCCUCGAGCCCAGUGACCACUUGACGCCGUACCAGUUCUUUUACAUCUUCAUCAUCGAUGGAAUGGGCGCCUUUAUCCUCUCUGGCGCCAUCAACUUUGCCAUUGCCUAUGCAAUGUAUAAAACAAUCAACUCGGACAAGCACCCCAUCCGGCUCUUUCAAUUCCCAAACACCAUAGCCGGCGAUGCUGCCCUUACCGUCUUCAUCCAGUGCGUCAUCACCUGGUUCAUCGAGCUGAUUCUCGUGAACCGGGACAUCCGAUCCGGCCACAUCCAGCCGAUCGGCUUCAUCCCCGAGCCGGCCAAUGCGCUGCUCCGCUGGUUCUUGCUGCUCGAUCGUCUGCCUGCGACAGGCAGCAGUGGCAGUGGUAACAACGGUGAGACCAGCGGUAGCGGAAGCGGUAACGCUAGCGGUGGUGAUGAUGAAAUCUUCCGACCCCUUUCAGCACCGCACGACGCCAACUGCCGCUGCGAUAAACACGUGGAGCCAUAUGAACCGGGCUCACUGAAGCACUGGAUGUUCUUCUUGGUAUCGCAGCUGAUCCGCGCGCUAAUGCUGGGCGUUCUCGCUUUUCUGCUCGUGUGGGGGCCCGCGAUCGGCAUCAUGACGGCCGUGGGCGAUCACCACAACGGCGACUGGUGGUUUGACUCGUCAUCUUGGGCACCGCCCAUCUUCAAACUCAUUUAUGGCGGCGUGCUUGCCCUCCUGACAACGCCGUUGUUUGUCAUAUUCUGGCUAGUGCGCUGUGGUUGGGCUCUGCAGGCCAACCAGCGACAUCUGGACGAGGUGUCGUGA